UGUGGUUUGGGGACCGUAUGUGCUAACGUUAGCCUGUAAUGCUGGAGUAAUUGAUGUGUUUGUGUGUUAUUUCCCCCAUGAAGGACCUGCCGCUCAUCCCCAGGUCAUCAACAUGGGCACAUUUGGCAUGGCUUUACUGGGUAGUGGGUACAGAGUUGAUGUAUCCUGCUGCUGUCAUCCAUUUGUCGAACUGGUUGAGCCAAACAGGGGCCGCUUCGAGUGCCUGAAACCGAAAGUGCGCGUCGAUAGUUUCGCGCAACAACUGAACCCGGAACAACAGUUGGACCGCCUUCUCGCGCGUCUGGAAGACAUGUCGACAUGACGGUCUGGAAUCUGGAGGUUUUUCCAUAAUUUGUGUGGUCGUGCAGACAUAUUUGCAUCUAAUUGUUCGUGCGUGUGUCAGAUCAGCCUACUGGAGAGACGUCCUGUGGCCGCGAGGGUGUGUAUCCGACGUGUGUUAGUCUCGGCGGCCUGUAGGAACAACCGAAGUCGGUCAAACUCCAAGAAACUCAAGUCUUCGGUCCUGAGAAUCUUCUAGCAAAUCGACAUGAGCGCGGACGGAGACAGCGAUCAGGAGGUGGCAGCGAUCCUGCUGGAUGCGGAUGCGGGGGCGGCCCCGGUGGUGGACUAUGACUCGGGGGGGUCUCUGGGGGCCAGUCUGGGGUCCAGUCGCGUCCAGUCGUCGCUGAGCGGCAUGGGCUCCAGUGACCGUGGCGACCGCCCCCCCUCCAGCUACGGCUCCAUGAAGAGUGACGACGCCGUCACCGACGACGACGACCCCAACGAGUUCAAACCGCCGCCCAGCGUAGUGGUGACCGUCAGGACCCGCCGGGUUAUCCGGGCGGACUCUCCAGAGACGACGUUUACUGAAGCGACCAACACGUUCACCUGUAAAAGCACCAUCCCCAGAGAAGGAGUGAUCCUCAACAAACCCAGUGGGGACAGGACAGGAGGUGAGAUGAUUGACGAGGAGGAGGAGGAAGAAGAGGAGGAGGAGGAGGAGGAGGAGAAGAAGGAGGAGGGGGGUGAUGAAGAGGAGGAGGAGGAGGAUAUGGAGCAGCAGGGCACCCCCUCACCCCCCCCACCCCCCCCAGAACCCCCCGCAGAGGGCCUCGGACUUCAGUUUGGACCCAUACACGAGGAGCUCAGCCUGCCAUUCAUAUUCAAGUCCCUACAGAGCGUGCUGGCUAAGCUGUCGGUGAUGGAGCUGAUGUGGUUCAAGCGGUCGGUGGCGCAGCGUAACCGCGGGAAGGUGAACCAGGAGCAGCUGAUGGAGUGUGACGUGUUGGACGUGGUCGAUUACCUCAUCGAGCACUUCGGCCAGGGGGGCGGGCUCAAGCUGGCCAUCACCACGCUGCACCUCAUCGACCGCCGCCCCCCCGCAGAGGAGCUGGAGCUCAGAUGCAGGAGAGUGCUGAUUCGUCACGAGCUGCAGGAGCAUCACAAGCGGCACUAUGAGGUCGUGUUUGAGGGCGUGGCCAGGCCGGGCGAGCAGGCGGGGCUUAAGCGCAUCUUCACUGAGCCCCAGAUCGUCGAGGGCGGUUACCGCGGCGUCAACACCGAGCACGAGGUGCUCCGUGACGUCAAGCCCAAAUACGGUGAGCCUCGCCGCACCUUCCGCCUUAACGACGUGCUGCGCUCGUUGCCAGACGAGAACAAGCGUAUCCGCGUGGCGGUGCUGAGCGGCAUCCCGAUGGCAGGCCUGAGUUACGCGGCGCACAAGAUCACGCUGGACUGGAGCCACGAGAGCGCCAACCAGGACCUGCACUUCCUCUUCUACCUCAACUGCCAGGACCUGCGGCACUACGCAGAGGAGUCGCUCACGCUGCUGAAGCUCAUGACCAUGUUCCACCACGCGCUGGACGGCAUCCUGCCGCUGCUGAAGAGUGCGGACACGCCGUGCGCGCUGGUGCUGGAGGGCUGGGAGGAGCGGCGCCCUCUGCUGGACAUGAGCGCGCCGCGCGUGACCGACCCCACCACGGAGGCUCCGCUGGCCGCGCUGAUGGCCUCUCUGCUGCGCGGCGACCUCAUGCCGCACUGGCGCCUCAUCGUCACCUGCCGCCGCAGCGACCUGCACCUGCUGCCGCACGCGCACAUCGACCGCAUGCUGGAGGUGCGCGGCUACCUGCCCGAGCACCGCGAGCGCUUCUUCGCCAAGCACUACGACCGCGACCUGACGGUGAGCGAGCGCGUGCUGCAGAAGGUCAAGGAGUCGCCCACGCUGCUCGUCAUGUCGCACCUGCCGCUGUUCGCCUGGAUCGUGACGUGGGUGUUCGAGCGCAACGUGCGCCGCAAGCCCACCUUCAUGACGCGGCCGCCGCACGAGACGCCCUUCAUGAUCGACAUCGUCCUGGUGAUGGUCAACCGCUGGCAGGAGCGUUACCGCGGCAACACGUCGGACCACACGCGCUGGAAGGACGAGGAGAAGAUCCUCCUCAAGAGCGUCGGCCGCUUCUCGCUGCGCAUGCUGGAGGCCCGACGCAACCAGUUCCACGCCGAGGACUUCAAGGAGUACGACCUGGAGCCCCGCAAGCUCCUCAACGUGGGCCUGUUCACCGAGGAGAUGCCGGAGUGGACACAGGGCGGAGCAGGAGGAGGAGGAGGAGCAGGAGGAGCAGGAGCAGGAGGAGCAGGAGGAGGAAAAAAGCCCUCUCGGCCCACCUACAUCUUCCUCCACCACUCGCUGCAGGAGUUCAUGGCGGCGUUCUACACCUACCUGGCGUUCCGCAGCGACGGGCGCAUCGCGUUCGAGCAGACGCUGAAGAGCUCGGUGGUGGCCAAGCUGGUGAAGGAGCGUCCCAUCCUGGACCUGCUGCGGCCGGCCGUGGAGCGCGCGCUGGCCAGCCCCGACGGACACCUGGACCUCAUGCUGCGCUUCCUGUGCGGCCUGGCCAUGGACUCCACCGAGGACCACCUGCGCGGGACCCUGCUGCCGCACCGCAACCCGCCGCCCAAGGGCAUGGACGACGCCAUCAAGUUCAUCCGCAAGAGGAUGGAGACGGCGCCGAACGCCGACCGCCGCCGCAACCUGGAGCUGUGCCUCAACGAGAUGGUGGAGCUGGACGAGGACAAGCAGGACACGCGGCACAUGGGCUUCUAGAACGUUCCGCGCGGAACAAUAUGGCCGCCGCCGCGCGGAACAACGCUAGCCACGACCAGAGCCAUAUAAAGAGAGAGUUGCGACAACCCGGGUACAGAAAAUUCGGUUUGUGACGUGGUUCGUGUAACUUCAAGUAGUUCAAAUAGUUCCCGGAAGCGAUUUUGACUGUUCGUUAGGAUCAUAAAAUAACCGUCUUUUACUGUCUGUUAACGAGUGUUCGAUCCUAACUUCCGGGAACUAUUGUUGAGAAAAUAUGGAACAUUAGCGUCAAUGGAGUUGUCGCAACUCUCUCUUUAUAUGGCUCUGGCCACGACCGACCCCGGGACUCUAAACGCGCUACUGACCGAACGACCGACCGACCCCGGGACUCUAAACGCGCUACUGACCGAACGACCGGCCGACCGACCGACUGGCAGGACAUGCGGAGCGGCGCCACUGACCAGGGGCCGUGGUAACCAUGGUAACAGGAUUCUAAACGCAGAACUGGACUUCACUGACCAGAGUUCGGACCGGCCAGAUAGUGAGGUCGUGCUGACCACGAGAGCUUGUGUGAAAUACGAUGAUGAUGAUAAUGAUGAUGAUGAUGAUGAUGAUGAUGAUGAUGAUGAUGGUGAUGGUGGUGAUUAUUAUGAUGGUGAGGAUGAUGCUACUGAUGAUGUCAAUGAAUGCCUUAAUGAAAUCAUCAUGGACAUAACCCCCCCUACACACACACACACACACACACAUAUAGACACACACACACACACACACACACACACACACACAUUCCCACACACUGUACACACCCCCGGCUGGAUGUAUGUAUGCCUCUCACCACCAAACAUUAAAUAAAUCUACUUUAUUUUAAUUACAGUGA